AUGGAGGACGACAUGUCAGGUCAUUAUCAGAUGCUGGAGGAGCUGGGAAGUGGAAGUUUUGGAACGGUGUACAAGGCCAUUGAAAAGGCUACCGGAGAGAUUGUGGCGGUUAAACAUAUCGAUCUCGAAUCCAGUGAAGAUGAUAUCCAAGAAAUCCAGCAGGAAAUCUCCGUCCUCGCUACCUGUGCGAGCCAAUUCGUGACGCAAUACAAGGCGAGUUUUCUGAGAGGUCAUAAGCUGUGGAUUGUGAUGGAGUAUCUCGGUGGUGGAUCCUGUCUGGACCUGCUGAAACCCGGCGUUUUUAACGAAGCCCACGUCGCCAUUAUUUGCCAGCAACUGCUGCUGGGUCUGGAUUAUCUGCACAGCGAAGGCAAGAUCCACCGCGACAUUAAAGCCGCCAAUGUACUUCUGUCGCAUACCGGAAAGGUCAAGCUGGCGGAUUUCGGCGUGGCCGCACAGUUGAUCAAUAUCAAAUCCCAACGCAACACCUUUGUCGGAACGCCGUUUUGGAUGGCGCCCGAAGUGAUCCAGCAGGCUGGAUACGACUACAAAGCGGAUAUCUGGUCCCUGGGUAUUACGGCGAUCGAGAUGAUCAACGGCGAGCCGCCACACGCCAGCACUCACCCCAUGAAAGUGCUCUUUUUGAUUCCCAAGGAACCUGCCCCCCGCUUGCAAGGCGACGAGUACAGCAACACCUUCAAGGACUUUAUUGCACAAUGCUUGACCAAGGACCCCGACCGAAGACCGAGUGCCAAGGAGCUUCUGAGACACAAGUUCAUCCGCAAUGCGGGGAAAACGGAGGCUUUGCAGGAGCUGAUUCAUCGGAGACAGGACUGGGAUGCUGGUCGGGGCGUGACACACAAAGUGAAGUACUAUGCAGAGUCUCUCAAUACGAUUCGGAACCUGGAUGAUGAUGACGGAUGGGUCUUUGAUACCGUGAAAGCUCCCACGAUGGCUAUCCGCGAAGAGCCCGACGACUUCGAGAACGAGCCAGAACCCCAGGACUGGGUGUUUGAUGAAGCCUCCGAGCUGAUGGACGACUUGCACAUCUCUAGCCCACCUAUUCCACCGAAGCAUGCAACGAAUACCGCCGUUAGACGGGCACCGGCACCCGAACGCAGUCCAUCCUUGCGGCGUGCCAAGCGACGAUCCAGCGGGGUGAAGCAACCUCUGGGGGUGGACAUGAGCUUUGGGAACAGUCCCUCGACCGUCCGUCAAUUCCGUCGUGUGUCGGAUAAAAUCCCCGCCGACGCUUCAUACCCCCCGCAGUAUUCCUACACGGACGAAAAUGCCAGUCCCAAGACGCUCUUCUCGGAGCCCAACAGCAAGGAAGCACAGCUGGGCCGUCGCGCAUACAGCAAGGCGGUGGGACUUGCCUGUCAGGAGGUGUUGGGCACGACGGGAGAUGACGAGAAGCGCGAGGCGAUUUCCCGGCUGGCCGAGGCGUGGAGUGAUCUGGAAAUGAUCGACCCCGAGGGUCUAUAUCAUAUCGUGAGGGCGAUGACGGAGCGACUGCAAGGCGACCCCAAGCUGGCCAGCCUCGUCCCACCCGCUCCACCGGCCGAAUCCCCACAGAGGCCGCGACUGGUUCUGGCACAAAACAACCCACAUCUGAAAAGCCACCGGCGCCGCCAGAGUGCGGCAGUGGCCGAGCCCAACCUGCAGCCGGCGCAGCUGGCGAAUCUCCCGGGCCAGCAAGUGCCGGGGAUGGAGCACACGAAGCAGUUGUCGGAUGUGCUCUAUCAACGAUGGUCGGAAGGCCUCCGCAACCGCUGGCCGGGGAUCUAA